AGUACCUUUCAGUGCUAGCGAUACUACGUACAUGUAGGCACCAGCUUUCGGCAUCUGUAUGUUGGAUUUUCAAUGCGUUUUCUUUACUUGAAUAUGAAAGGGGUGAGCGAUGGCAUGGCGGAGCCCACGAUACACCAGGCGGGCGAUUAGGGGCUUCACAUUUCUCAGCAUCGUUCUUUUCCUGUUACAUUCCUUUGGACUUCUGGAUUUUGCUGCACGGCGCUACGAUACAUGGCCUUGGACGCCCUGCUCAGCCUCGUCGCUAUUCGCACAAUCAUGCACAGCUUCGAGGGCUACGAUCGCCCAAGAUAUCCAGAUUGUGGUCAAAACAGGAGGUUCAGAACCACAAAGCAGACUUCGUUACCAACUUGUGACAAUCCUGUCCCAAAUUCCUCGGGAGAACGUCCUCAUCUUCUCGGACUUGGAAGAAGAAGUCGACUCUUACAGUGUCCAUGAUGUCUAUGCUGAUUUAUCGGAGCAAGAGCGGAGGAGCUAUCCCGAAUUCGCGCUAUAUGACCAACUGCAGGAGUAUAAAGAACAGGGGAAGGAUACUAGAGAGCUGCAAGGUGGUUGGGACUUGGCCAAGUACAUGAACCUAGCCAUGAAGCGCAAGAUCUGGAAAAUGCAACGAGAAAUCGGCGGCGAGCAUAGAGCGAAGUGGUUCGUGUUCAUAGACACGGACACCUUCGUUGAAUGGGACAAUCUCCUCGAAUUAUUGGAACAUCAUGACCCCGCGAACAAGAUCUACAUAGGCAGUCCAGUCUGGCUACCAGGACUCCAAUUUGCACAUGGUGGAAGCGCAUACAUCCUAUCGUAUGGCGCAUUGAAAGCACUUAACAGCCCCUACUCGCAUGACCAAGAGGAACCACUGUAUAGCCAGUACGGUCUGAACGUAACUGAGUUGUGUUGUGGCGACGAAGCUCUUGCGAGGGUACUAAAACCAAAGGGUGUCAAGCUGAAAGGCUAUUGGCCGAUGUUCAACGGAGAGACACCGGCCACUGUUCCAUUCGGGAGAGAUCUUUGGUGUGAGCCUGUUAUCUCGUUACAUCACAUUGCCGGGGAAGAUAUGCAAAGUCUUUGGCAGUGGGUCGAGGAUUGGAAAGUUAAAACAAUGAACAUGCAUCCACUUUUAUUCAAAGACUUAUUUGACUACAUCGCUCCUCAAAUCACCAGUAUCCUUGAAGACUGGGAUAACACAGAUGACAGCAUGAAGAUCUACCCAACGAAAAAGGCGUCUCAUACAACCUUCGAUGAUUGUAAAGGAGCUUGUGAAGCGGACAAAUUAUGCUUUCAGUUCGUCUACAACGGUACCACCUGCGCGUUGUCACAUCAUAUCCGACUUGGCAGGGCACGUUCAUCGAAAGGGGAUGGGUAUGGGGCGCAACGAUACAUCUCGGGAUGGAAUGUGGAGAGGGUUCGGGACUGGACAAUGAAGACCGAUUGUGCGAGCGCGCAUUGGGUGAGGUCUAACCCAUGAAUUUUGUAUAAUUGAAUGCUACUCUGAGA